UAAUAUUUUAGAUCACACUUAUAGGAAUGUAGAAUGAGUAUAUUUUUUGAAGGUAGUAUUCACGAAAAAUAUUAUCGCAAGAUUUAAAUUGGCCACUGUUUUAAGUGAACAAUCGUAGAAGAGCACGCAAGCGGUGUGGACACAUUUAAUAAGAAAAUUAAAUGUAUGGGGAACAAAAAAAUAAUCAUUGCAAGUAGUGUAAUAAAUUAUAAAAGAUUUUGAUCAGAUAAAAAUACAGUUGAUAAUGACUACAAAAUACCUUCUAUCGGCAUUGCGUCCGAGACCACAACUCUAUGCAAGAACAAUUUUUGCCAAAAAAUUUGCAACCACAGCGGAGCCACCAAAAUUCGAUUGGCAUGAUCCACUCAAUUUAGAAUCACAGCUGACCGAAGAUGAGAUCGCUAUACGCGACGCAUUCCGUAGUUAUUGUCAAACAAGUCUGUCGCAGCGUAUAACUGCCGCCAAUCGCAAUGAGGUGUUCCACAAAGAAAUUAUGGAAGAAAUUGGCAGUUUUGGUGCUUUGGGUUGUACACUACAAGGUUAUGGCUGUGCCGGUGUAUCAAAUGUGGCUUAUGGUUUGCUGGCCAGAGAAAUAGAACGUGUAGAUUCGGCUUAUCGAUCUGCUUUGAGCGUGCAGAGUUCGCUGGUGAUGGGAGCAAUUUUCGAUUAUGGUUCUGCUGUGCAGAAGGAAACUUAUCUACCCCGUAUGUCUCAGGGCAAACUUAUUGGGGCAUUUGGUUUAACUGAACCAAAUCAUGGUAGCGACCCAGCCGGUAUGGAGACGCGUGCGAAAUAUGAUAGUGCCAGCAAAUCAUACAUUAUAAAUGGUUCGAAAACAUGGAUAACAAACUCGCCAAUUGCGGACGUUAUCAUUAUAUGGGCAAAAUGCGAAGAUGGCAAAGUGAGAGGCUUCAUAGUAGAUCGGGCACAAUCUAAAAAGGGCUUGUCCACACCUGUAAUUGAAGGGAAAUUCUCACUUCGUGCCUCCACCACCGGAAUGAUACUGAUGGACGAUUUACAUGUGCCGGAAGGCAAUCUAUUACCAAAUGUGGAGGGUUUUAAGGGACCAUUCGGCUGUUUGAACAAUGCGCGCUAUGGCAUUGCUUGGGGUGCUUUAGGUGCAGCGGAGUCAUGCUUGGAAAUAGCGCGCCAAUAUACACUAGAUCGGAAACAAUUUAAGCGACCACUGGCCGCAAAUCAAUUGAUACAAAAGAAAUUUGCCGAUGCCCUAACCGAUAUAGCAUUAGGUUUACAAGCUUGUCUACAAGUGGGGCGCCUUAAGGAUCAGAAACUGCAUACUCCUGAAAUGAUUUCACUUAUCAAACGAAAUAAUUCUGGAAAGGCUCUAGAUAUUGCUCGCAGUAUGCGUGAUGUUCUUGGUGGUAAUGGUAUAUCCGAUGAAUAUCACGUUAUACGACAUUGCAUGAAUUUGGAAGCGGUCAAUACAUAUGAAGGAACACACGAUAUUCAUGCGCUUAUUCUUGGACGUGGUAUUACAGGAAUAGCAGCGUUCGCUAAUUAAAAUUCGAUUGAUAUGUUCGUAUUUAUCUGCAUUUAUUUUUUAUGUAUCUAUACUUUAAAAGACCACUAAGAUUGGAAAUAUCCACAAAUAGAUCAUAAUAAAAUAAUUUUGAUACUUUUAAAA